AAUGGCUCAACUUUACUUGGAAAAUGGUUAACUCAAUUUUUUAAGAUAACACUCAAGAUGCUCUUUCCAAUAUCAAUCUCACUCAUUCCGAGUAUCACAAUCACAAUUCACAAUAUACAAUAUACAAACAAACCAUUCUCCUAACAAAAACGUUAACAAAACAAAAAUAUUCAAACAACAGCAACCACGAGUACAAAGUGAAAAAAGAAAAAUAAAGAAAGAAUUUCUUAGAAAACCAACAACAAUGUUGUUAAUAGAAAGGAAAAAAAAAAAGAGAAAAUAAUUUUGUAUUAACGAAUAACGUCAAAGCAAAAAACAAACCCCAAAGAGUGGAAAGAAAACAAAACACAAACAAAAACUGGCUACUCAACUCACUCAAACCCCAUCCAACCAAAAAUUCCAAACGAACCUCGAACGCCGCACUGAAACUUGAAGUUGCAAACAGUCGAUUGUUGGACGUUGAAACGAAGCGGUCUUCUACGCUCAAAAAAAAAAGAUACUUGAAAAAUCCCAGAAACAGAAUUCCCAUUCAUCCCACGCUUUGCUAAAGUAUCGCGCGCAGGUUCGUCUACCUAAUUUUUGUUGAUGAUUUUCAUCUCUUCUUCUACUUCAUCGGUUUGGUGUUGUUCUUGUUCAUUUAAUAACGGACUCUUCGUGAAUUUGUAAUUUACAUAAAUAACGGUAAAAUAUUUUCAUUCGCAAAGUGCAUCAUCAAAAAAGAAGAAGAAGGUAACUACAGUGUUUGUGUGUUUUGAUUUUGACUGGGGUUGGUUGAGUGUUGUUUAUUUUUCUCCUCGAGAAGCUUUCUUUUGGAGCUGGACAAUCCCAACUCAUUUUUCAUCUGACAAAAGACACAUCCGUCUAAACGGUUGGCGAAGCAUCAAAUCAAGAAUCGCGACUUAAAACCGAUUCAAUUCAGAAAAGAUCAACAAGGAAGACAAACCGGCAAAAAAUAAAAAAUAGAAACUAUGAGGCAGAUCGGUAUUAGUGAGGUAUGUGUCAAAAAAUUGGAAUUCCUUAACGUUGCAAUCGUAAGUGAAGACAUUUAAAAUCACGGAAGAUCCAUUAAAAAAAUCUAAAAAUUGCUUAACAUCCCGACCCAUCAUUUAAAUCUCGAAAGAAAGACGAUCCCUUGAAGCGAAUCCAAGAGGAAAUCAACGAAGUGGCACGUCGUGAGCGUGAGUUACGUGAGAAGAUGCAUCCACUAGAGGAAAACAACACCACAACCAUCAUCAGCUGCAACCAGAACGGUAACCAGAACGAUGCUAAAAUUUCGAUUCUCCCAUCGUCGGAGCAAAUUUCCGUAUCGCAGGACGAUAACCUUUCAUCAUCGGCAGCAUCAUCACUGACAACAUCCGUCAAUAGCAAAGAAGAUCAUCUUGAUGGCCAUCAUUCAGAUGAUUCUGGGAUUUCAGCAUCAUCCAGUCCCGUCAAUGGAACUUCAACCAACAAUAACAACAACAACAUAGUGAUCAAUGAAAAGAAAUACAUUCGCCCAAAUGGUUACACUUCAAUUCCAUCGCCACCACCACAAAAGAUUCUCACACGAACCGUGUCCACACCACAGAUUUUUACACCAUCACGUCGCAUAACCUUCGGUCCAGCAUCCAAGGGUCUCAUGCAACGAUUCAUUGCAACUCGUGGCAAAAUCGCCCUCAACAAUGCCGCCGCAGCCACUGCCGCCAAUGGUAGUGGUAAUGUUGUCGGAGGUGGAGGUGGCGGUGGUGUGCCCAAUUCCCAUCAACCAAACACCCCUUCAGGCCCAAUGGUAUCAGAUUUUCCACGGGCUGCCACAUACAUUCCGCCAGUGACAAUUACACCGCCAAUCAUAGAGCGUGACGCCGACGGCAAACCAAUUCGACGUGGAUAUAUACCCGUCGAGGAGAAGAUUCAAAAAGAGUUGAAGGAUCUCAAGAGUCGUGAGAGUGAGUUGAAGAAAAUUCGAAAAAUUCGACAGUCAACACCAGAUUUAUUGGACUCUAUUGAAAACGAAGAAUUGGAGUCCGAUGAAGAUUCAGAUGUUGAACAUUGUUAUGGCCCGGGAAAAUUACGAUCUGCCAAGUCAAUCGGAGAACUAUGUGAUUCUUCAAAUAACAGUCUGUCCCCAAGAAGAAGGAAUCGCUAUCGGAAACGUAAGGCAAUGGCUUUGUGGCCAUGGCCACCAAGCAACAAAAAUUUAGCAACGCCGAGUCCAGAUUUUGAGAGCAAGCAUCUUUAUAGCCGCAGUGGUAUGCGACCCGCUCUGUCUCUCGCCCAACUUUGCGACCUCGAUCCACAGGAGGCACCAUCAUCAUCACAUCAGCUUAUUGCCAAAUGGGAAAGCCUUAUUCAGCAAAAUGCAUAGGCGACUCAUCAUUUCAGCACAUAAUUACACAAAAA